CCAUUUUCACCAACUCGGCUUGCAUUUGCACAGUGCUGGUAAUGACGUAAUCUUAGUCUCACCCAGAGAUUCAUUUGAAAGUUGGAACACACAACGGGGCGGCUACUGAAGAAAGAAGAGCAGACGCCGUCGUAUUAAUCCCUAAGCGUCGAACAUGGAAGCAACACCAAACACACAACAACAAGACGAUGAUGAUAUCGUUUGCUUAGAUGCGUCCUUCUUCCUCAAUGACAAUUACCAGCUUACGAACUUCACAUUUGGAUCCCAAGACAUUCAGCUCUUCUGUCUCCAAUCCGCUUCAACUGAUUUUGAUUUGACAGGGCAGCUGGUAUGGCCGGGAGCCAUGCUGCUAAAUGAUUAUCUUUCAAAGAAUGUUGAAAUGCUGCGGGGUUUCACUGCCAUCGAAUUGGGUUCUGGUGUUGGUAUUACUGGAAUACUUUGCAGCAGAUUCUGCCAUAAAGUUGUGAUGACGGACCAUAAUGAAGAAGUGCUAAAGAUUUUAAAUAAAAAUAUAGAGCUCCAUUCAUGUUCCGACAAUACUAGUCCUUCUUCUCGCGGAUUAUUUGCCAAUAAACUGGAAUGGGGGAACUCUGAUCAGAUCAAUGACAUUUUACAAAAUCAUCCAGGAGGUUUUGACCUUGUCCUUGGAGCUGACAUCUGUUUUCAGCAGUCAAGCGUCCCUAUGCUAUUCAAUACUGUUGAACAACUAUUGUGGGCUGGAGAGGGCAGGAGAUGCAAAUUCAUACUAGCCUAUGUAUCACGAACUAAGACCAUGGAUUCAAUGAUUCUUAUCGAAGCCUCUAAGCACCAGAUGCAGAUGAAAGAAGUGCCUGGAACUCGGCGCAUUGUCGGAAAUCUUGAAGGAGUCAUCUACGAAAUUACACUCGGGUCAAAGCAUUAAAUAUAUUUUAGUUGGAGUGACAUGGUGUAUGAUAACCAAAACAGAUUUGAGGGUUUGGGCUUUUGUUCAACUGUUUCUUUCUCGAUCUGUCUAACCAGCAAGGCGUUGUUGAGGACACAUGAUUUUCUUCAAAUAGAUACAAGGCAGAUAAAAAGGACAUGAUAGGAAGGUUGCUUUUCUUGUUUCAAUUUGAAGGGAUCCACAAUAACCAUUGGAGUUUUUCAGGACACUAGAUUGGAGUAUAGUCUUUCAUAAAGCUCUAUAUACACAUGCCCAACUAUGUAGCAUGCCCCUAGUCCCUUUACAACCGAUGAAUCUUUGAAGUUUGAACUAGUUCAUUGACCAGGUUUCAUGUACAAUUUUAUUUUCUUAGCCUUGCGCAUAGUCAAGAUGGAUAUGUCUUAAAUGAACACAGUUGUAAUCUGAAACUUGAUGGUCUCCUUGAAGAAGUUUUAAGAAUAUGAAAUUACAUUCAGACAUUGAAAAGGUCAUCCCCA